GCCAGCGUUCUGCUAGCGGGGGAGCUAUCAUGGUUAUCAGCGUUGCCCUGAUCUGGGGGGUCGUGGUGGGUGUCUGCUGCUGCCUCUGGCUGCUUUUAGGCAUCCGCAGAAGGCAGCCCGGUGAGCCCCCAGUAGAGAAUGGCCUAUUUCCGUACCUGGGCUGCGCCCUCCAGUUCGGUGCCAACCCCCUGGAGUUCCUACGCAGCCGCCAGAGGCGAUACGGGCACAUCUUCACCUGCAAGGUCGCCGGCCAGUACGUGCACUUCCUGUGUGACCCCUUCUCCUACCACGCCGUCAUCCGCCAGGGCCGCCACCUCGACUGGAAGAAGUUCCACUUCUCUGCCUCCGUCAAGGCAUUCGGCCACGAAAGCAUGGACCCGAGUCACGGCUACACCACCGAGAACCUGCACCAGACCUUCCUGAAGACGCUGCAAGGUGACGCGCUGCCCUCGCUCAUAGAGAACAUGAUAGAGAACCUGCAGAACGUCAUGUUGCAUUCGGACACCUUGAAGACCAGCGCUACCACUUGGGAGGUAGACGGCGUCUUCGCCUUCUGCUACAAGGUCAUGUUCGAGUCAGGCUACCUGACCCUCUUUGGCAAGGAGCUCAGCAGCCAGGAGGACCAGAACCUGGCCCGCCAGGAAGCCCAGAGAGCCCUUGUACUGAGCGCGUUGGAGAACUACAAGGAGUUCGACAAGAUCUUCCCUGCCUUGGUAGCUGGUCUGCCCAUCCACGUGUUCAAGAGUGGCCACAGUGCCCGGGAGAACCUGGCCCGCACGUUGCUGCACGAGAACCUUCACCGACGCAAGGGCAUGUCGGACCUGAUCUCAUUACGCAUGCUCCUCAACGACACACUCUCCACCUUCACCGACAUCAGCAAAGCCAGAACUCACGUAGCUCUGUUGUGGGCCUCACAGGCCAACACACUGCCUGCUGCAUUCUGGAGCCUCUUCUACAUGAUCAGGAGCCCAGAAGCAAUGAGAGCAGCCAAGGAGGAGGUAGAGCGGACGCUGGAGAGGUCAGGGCAGUGUGCUCGCCCGGGCGGCCCGCAACUUACUCUGACACGCGAGGAGCUGGACAACAUGCCUGUUCUGGACAGCAUCAUCAAGGAAGCCAUGAGGCUGUCCAGCGCCUCACUCAACGUCCGAGUGGCGAAACAGGACUUCCUGCUGCACCUGGACAACAAGGAGUCGUACCGCAUCCGCAAGGACGACGUGAUAGCCUUGUACCCGCAGCUGCUGCACUUCGACCCUGAGAUCUACGAGGACCCGCUGUCGUACAAGUAUGACCGGUUCCUGGACGAGAACAUGCAGGAGAAGACCUGCUUUUACCGCAACGGACGCAAACUGCGAUAUUAUUACAUGCCAUUUGGCUCUGGAGUCACCAAAUGUCCUGGUCGGUUCUUCGCCGUCCAUGAGAUCAAGCUUUUUCUGACUCUGUUACUCUCCUUCUUCGAGAUGGAGCUCCUGGACUCGGGCGUGAAAGUCCCCCCCCUCGAUCAGUCCCGCGCUGGCCUGGGCAUUUUGCAGCCCACGUACGAUGUGGACUUUAGGUACAGGCUGAGAUCUCAGUAGAGAACUGUAACCUACAUUCUGUAAAUAUUGUAUAUUGCUACUAUAUUUCCCUAUAAAAUGUGUACAAAGGUGUAUUAUAGUAAAGUGUUAGAGAUGCAGAAAAAUCGUGGAUGGAAAUCUAUCGAUUUACUACAUAGACAGAUUUAACCAUAAUUAGCAGGUUUAGUGAGGGACAGCCAGUCCCAUCAUUGCUAAUAUUUACUGGAUCAUCUCUCAGAUGAUCUUCCUAAUAAUAGUCGAGAAAGGUUCUUUGUAAAUUACACAAUUCACUUGCUGUCUGUUCGGUGAAUUACAUGCAUGAGUCGAGAAAUUACACUGAUAAAAAAAGAGAGUGAUGUGUGAGUAAUAAAAUGAUGACCAACCCAGCGUGUCACUCGGGGUCAGAGAAGGUCUGCCACAGAACUUCCAGGCAAAGAUCAACCAGUUAAAAAUAUAUGAAGGAUGCCAUCAUAUCAUUAUUAUUUCUCAUAAACAUUGAGUCAUGCAGUGAUGAUUUCUGGAUGCAUGACAUGCUCAUUUAUUUUUGCCAAGAGUUCCUCUAGAAUGUGUUAAUCUAUUUCACCGCUUUAAUGUACAGCACAAGCGAUAAUGAAUAAAUCAGCAAAUUCA